AUGCAAGAGGCAAUGGAAGUGGGCCGAGCACCGCUAGUCACUUCUCGAUCGCCAGUAGACAACUCUACGGAUUCAAGUCGACGUGAAUCUGGGCGAACGGCGCUUCCUGCGAUGAGUUUGGACGUCCUCCCCAGCUCUGCCCGAACUCGUUUAGCGAGGAAAAGGGCAGCUUCCCUUGACAUUGACACUGCCAACAAGCAUCACGGAAUGGGGGAUUUGGCUUUGGAUAGUGCAAUUACUCCUAUACCACAGACAGGAGAUCCUACGCAAGUGUGCCUUUGUCAACCAGAUCCCAAGAUUCCGAGGCCACGAAACGGUGCGUGAAUACUCAAUGCUUUUCUUGGUGUAAUUUUAGACUGUGAUUGGCUACUCUCUUUGCGCCAGGAGAUGGUUCUCUUUAUUUUUAUCCCAAAGAGCCUUUCAUCGAAUCAUAGCUAAUGUUUCUUUGUAGCCUUCAUCCUAUACCGGCAGCAUUAUCAAGCUCAAGUCGUAGCCCAAAACCCAGGACUUGCAAACCCUGAGAUAUCAAAGAUCAUUGGAGAACAGUGGCGAGAUCAGUCCCCUGAAGUGAAAGCUGAAUGGAAAAGUCUUGCAGAGGUAGGACCAAAUCAUGUCUCAAGAGAGAACAGACUGACUUUGAGACAAAUAGGAAGAAAAGAUUCGACAUCAGCGACAGUAUCCAGGUUACCGAUAUCAACCAAGACGUUCUGCUAAAGCCAACGGCAACCGACCAGUAUCUUCUUCGUCUUCUGAGGACCAGAUCCGCUGCCCGAAGUGCAACGGAAGAUAUAUAUCAACACCUGGUACACCUUUGAGUCAAUUUCCUGGUGGACUAACGAGUGCGCAUCCAGACCGCCUUCAGCCCCCCUUUACACCUUCCCGUAUAACAGAGCACACACGAAAUCAGUAUUUGACGCCGAUGCAGAACCAAAGAAUGGAAUCUCCUCGGGGCCCCCCACAACAGAUGCAUCAUGGAGUGUCUCGCCCUUAUGAACGUCUUUCCACCCAUCAUGAACUGGAAGAAGAUGACAUUAGGAUACAAAGUCCCGGUCCUCACCACAAAAGGAGAAGGAACCAUCAAGAUGCAUAUGGUUAUAAUGAACAUCCCCAAAACUAUGCCCAAUCACCAGCACCAUAUUCUGCUGGGCCACGCUAUCCUCGUAAUCCUUCGUUGCCGAUGUCAGCAUCCUACCGACAACAACGCUUUCCAGCCCCCACCACUGGAAUGUUGGUCCGCCCAGGAACAAUGGGACCACCCCCCCAACAUUCUUCCAUGAGCCAAACGCCAAGGCAUCAAUACACACCGCAAUCGGCCACGUUUGACGAAUCCCUACGAUUACCACCUUUACAAACCCAGCUUCCCAAUUCGUCGGGCCCUCCCCAUCGAGUCGAUCCCCGAAAUGCGAUCAGUGAGGAGCAAGCGAGGAGCGUCGAGGCCAUGGUGAUGACCAUCCCCUUCGCAAACAAGAUCAAAGUCCUGGCCAAGAUCUCUCCCCCUCUAGCUGAUCCGGGACCUACGAGUCCGGCGGUUGACACGAGGGGUGCGAUGAUUGUAUUGGAAGGGUCUGAUCAAGAAUUGCUCGCUGAGGUUGGGGCUUUUAUACAAGAACACCUCCAACAAGACCAAACCUGCGCCGUGAAAACAUGGGAAGGACCACCCACGAAUCCCAAUCCCAGUACUGCUCCCGACCCAAAAGAAAAAGAAGACGCAGAAAUGACCAGCAACGACGAAGAACCCGAUCCCUUCUCCGAAUACCUCUCCAACAUCGCCACUUGGCACAGCAAAUCCCGUCAGAUGAUCAAACACAUCACCAGUCUUCCCCCCAUCAACUCCUCCUCAUCCUCAGACGUCGUCCACCCAAAAGUCCUCCCCAUCGCGCUCGUCCCCGGUGGUUUCUCCCUAACCACCUCAGAUCAAUUCGCCCUCAAGAUUCCGAUCAAUGACGCCUACGCGCCCGUUGAUCACUGGCAGUGGAUGGCCACUCUCUGGCGCGGCAUCAUCGGUCCUGAUCUCACUAUCUAUAUCCAGCGCGUGGGACGAGAUGAGAUGUUCGGUGUGGAGACCCGGAAGGAUUGUGCGGCUAUUGUUGUUCGUGUUGCGGAGGGGAAGAUGGAGGAGAGGACUUCGAGGAGGUUGGCGUUUGAGGUUAUGGAGUUUGUGAGGAGUUUUGAACCGGGGAAGGGGGAGAUUGCUGGGAGGGUUUAGGUUUCGCCUACCUGGCUUGGAAAUUUUGAGAGAGAAAGCUGGUGGGAUUUGGUCGGAUGUGUUUACUUGAUUUAUACCCCGUUGCAUUUUGAUCCCUAUGUUUUUUUGGUAUUUGAGGGGAGCGUGGUAGAUGGGGAAGAAGGAGUAUUUAGCGGGGAUUCUUGAAUUUGGACAUUUCUUACCCCCUUUCUUUUUCUUCUUCUUUUCUUUUCUUUGUAAUUAGGUUUCUGAUGUUGCUAGUCACAAUUACAUAUUAUGAUUGAGG